AUGGUGUCCCGAGUAGUAAAUCUCGGCCUGAGAGGGUUUGAGUUCCUAUGCACCCUCAUCGUGUUGGCCCUGGUGGGCAACAUGAUCGCAAGCGCUUUCGCCGGCAACCCAUCCUUGAUCAACUACGAUAUGUUCGUGGCCGUCUUUGGCAUGCUGUCAUUGUUCUACUUGACAGCAAUCGCCUUCAACGAUUCCUUCACCGGCCACUCAAUCAUCCCCGUCGUCCUCGACACUCUCAAUGUUCUCUUCUUCUUCUGCGCCGCUGUCGCCAUGGCUGCUGAGCUUGGUGCUCAUUCUUGCAGCAAUCGGUCCUAUACUGAAAGUAACCACAUCACCAACGGUUCUCGCAACACCGGGGGUCGAUGCCGAGAGGCCCAAGCCACGACCGCGUUCUUGUGGUUUGCCUUUGCCGCUUGGACGGCAAGCUUGGCUUUCACCUUCCUUGGAGCCCGAAGUGGUGGUGUCAAUCUGAGAGGCGGCCUUGGACGAAGAGGUGGGCCAGCCAUGUCUCAGGUGUAG